AUGUGUAUUUUCCCACCACUGCGAGCAAUAAUUAAUGAAGAAAGAAUUUCUGAUCGAGGAUGGAGUAACUUCUCUGGGAGUCCUUUUGAGGAUGUGUGUUCUGCAAAUAUACAGAGGUUCAGAUCUAGCAGAAUCAUAAAUCAAAGCUCUCUUGCUCAACUUUUGCUGUCCUUUUUUGACAAGUUUUCAGAUAUUAGAACUUCUGGUUCAGAUUAUAGCAUCUCGACAUAUGAAGGACGACAAAAAAGCCAUCGUUUUUGUAGAUCGCUGCCCCUGAUUAUAGAGGAUCCUUUCAAGCGAAUGGAAAAUGCUGCUAGAACAGUCCGCUGGGUUGAACUACCUAAGAUAUCAAAUGCAUUUAAGAAUGCGCACAAUAAGCUUUCGUCUGGUUCGGCACUCUCUGAUCAUGACUCCUUGCUCUCUCUUUUGACUAGGCCUUUCCUUGCUUCUAAGUUUUGUUGGUAA